AAAAAGGACAAAAUGGCUCACACAAACACCAUGCCUAUGGGUCCCUGGAAGAUCACUGUCUAUGAUCAGAGGUAUUUCCAGGGCAGACGUAUGGAGUUCACCGCCUGCUGCCAGAACAUCAUGGAGUGUGGCAUGGAGAACAUCCGAUCCCUGAAGGUCGAGUGUGGCGCCUGGGUGGGCUAUGAGCACUCCAGCUUCUGUGGGCAGCAGUUCAUCCUGGAGAAGGGAGAUUACCCCUGCUUUGAGUCCUACAUGGGCAGUAACUCUUACCGCAUCGAGAGGAUGAUCUCCUUCAGGCCCAUUUGCUGCGCUAACCACAAGGACUCCCGCAUGACCGUCUAUGAGCUAGAGAACAUGAUGGGACGUCAGUUUGAGCUGUGUGACGACUACCCCUCUCUGCAGGCCAUGGGCUGGAUGCACAACGAGGUUGGCUCCAUGCACAUCCAGUGUGGCGCCUUUGUGUGCUACCAGUAUCCUGGUUACCGCGGAUACCAGUACAUCAUGGAGUGUGACUGCCACGGAGGCGAGUACAAGUGUUACCGUGAGUACGGCACCCAUGCCCAGACCCCCCAGAUUCAGUCCAUCAGAAGGAUCCAGCACUGAGAGAGGAGCACCCACCCACUUCUCCCCAGUCUUCCUCACCUCGCUCCUG